AUGCACCACGACGCCGAGAGCGACGACACCGCGUUGACGAACAUCAUGAUAUCCGCCUUUCAGACCUUGCCCGGCGUGUACAGGGGGCUCUCUAUCCACCUCAACGACUACAAGGAGAUCGUGGGCCUCAACCUUGACAAGCCCAAGUGCACCAUGAGGGACAGGUUCACCGACGCGAGGUCCUAUAUCAAGAUCCACGACUACACGGACGAGUUUCUUCAACAUGGAGAUGGCACCGCCUCCUGCGCGCACGCAACCUCAACAACUAGGACAGCACCAAGAGCUACGCCUGCAUUGCAGUGGUCUCCUAUUUCUCGCCUGAAGUUCGACUUGAGCAACACCGAAUUUAUCAACAUUCCCAUAUCGUGCAUGACGGUCGUCACGAACCGCAACAUCUCCGUCUACAUCUUCGUCCUUGCCUGA